AUGCCGCCCUCGCGAGUCCUCACGCUCCUCGCACUUUGUGCAUCCCCAGCCUUCGCCAGACGCGUCCUGAAAUACCGUUACAAGACAAUGACCCACGUCGACACAAGCAUAUUAUACACCACAGCCGAUGUCUCCGAGGCCGUAACCGUACAAUACACAGACAGCGCAAUCCUUACGACUUCUGGUGUCAUCGCUACGGCCACUAUGGAAGGAACGACCACCACGACAGUCAUUGCCACCGAACCAGCACAAUACACGUCCAUCAUCCUGGAGACGUCGACCGCCUACGAGACUCUCGUGUCACAAGUCACGUCAUACGUCGAUCAGGUCAGCACUGUACUGGCAACUGCAGCUGUCGAGGCCCCUGCAGCAACUGUUUACGUUACGGCUGAAGCUGUGACCGUUAUGGCGCCACAGGUCACCGUCACGGCUGCCAGGAAAUGA